AUGCCCGCGUACUGGUUGCCUUGUGCUACGACGGCGCUCCUCGCAGUCGCGUCGCUUGCCCAAGACGUCGAGCCAACAGCUCGCGAUUAUUCUCUCGACGCGGUCGUCGGCAAGGACAGCGCGGGGCAGCCCGAGCUGAGCUUCACCGUGCUGCAGAUUCCCGACAUGCACUACACGGGCAACCCCAAGUACGCGUGCAACGGCCCGCCCCACAAGCCGUGCGGCGAGUACAACAUGACGGACCUCAUCGGCCGGCUCGUGGACCACGUGCAGCCCAACCUGAUUGUCUUUACGGGCGACCAAACCGUAACCGAGGUCAAGAAGGCCAUCGACAUGUAUUCCAACAACGCGAUUCAGCGCCAGGUGCCGUGGGCCAUGGUCUUUGGCAACCACGACGAAGGCAAAUCCUUCUCGCGCAAGCAAAUGAUUGACUAUAUUACGUCGCGGCCGUUCGCCUACACCCAAAGCGGCCCCGACGGCAUCGGUGGCACCGGCAACUACGACCUUCAAGUCACUGGCGCCAAUGCCAACGCGGUGUUUCGCAUGUACUUUCUCGACACUGGGACCAAAGGUACCGUGUCCAAGGGUCAAAACGACUACAUGCGGACGCUCGCCGCCUCGCACGCAUCCGAGAAUGCGACGGCAAUCAUGUUUCAUCACAUUCCGAUCCCAGAGUACAUCCUCGGCCCCAAUGAGAAGAUCACGUACGGCCACCAAGGCGAAAAGGUCACCAACGGUCCGCAGUCGGGUCUGCUCGACACGAUCGUAGCGAUGCGCGAUGUCAAGGCCACGUUUGUGGGCCACGACCACUACAACGACUACUGCGUUGCCCGUCGGGGUGUCCAGCUCUGCUACGGCGGCGGCGUCGGCUACGGUGCGGCGUACGGGGACCCGAAGCUGCCUCGUAGUGCGCGUGUGAUCCAGUGGAAGCGCAACUCGACAACGGAAGUCCUUACGACGUGGAAGCAGGCCGAAGGCGACCUCUCCAAGCACGAGUAUGUACUCUUUGCCAAGGCUGCGUAA